AUGCAGGGGACAAUCCACUCUGAAGAAGAGCAGAUACAAAUUUCUGAAUGUGGUAAAAGCUCAGGUCAGACCAGGUCAGUUUUGGUUCAUGGAAGGACCUACACAGGAGAGAUGCCCUACAAGUGCAUCCAAUGUGGUAAAUCCUUUAGCAAAGCUGGCAACUUGGUGAUACAUCUGAGGACUCACAGCAGGGAGAAGCCAUAUGACUGUCCAGAUUGUGAGAAACAUUUCAUUGGAUACUCCGACCUCGUGAGACACCUGAGGACUCACACAGGAGAAAAACCCUUUGAAUGUCCUGAUUGUGGGAAAAGUUUCAGUCAGACUUCUAACCUGGCUAAACAUCAGAGGACUCACACAGGAGAGAAACCCUUUGAAUGUCCUGUUUGUGGGAAAAGUUUCAGUCAGAAUUCCUAUCUAGUGAAUCAUCAGCAAACUCAUACAGGAGAAAAACCAUUUGAAUGUGUUCUUUGUGGGAAAAGUUUCAGACAAAAUUAUGACCUUUUGAAACACCAGAGGACUCACACAGGAGAAAAACCCUUUGAAUGUCCUGUUUGUGGGAAAAGUUUCAGUCAGAAUUCUAACCUGGCUAAACACCAGAGGACUCACACAGGAGAGAAACCCUUUGAAUGUCCUGUUUGUGGGAAAAGUUUCAGUCAGAAUUCUGACCUGGUAAAACACCAGAGGACUCACACAGGAGAGAAACCCUUUGAAUGUCCUGUUUGUGGGAAAAGUUUCAGUCAGAAUUGUAACCUGGCUAAACACCAGAGAAAUCACACAGGAGAGAAACCCUUUGAAUGUCCUGUUUGUGGGAAAUGUUUCAGUCUGAAUUCUUACCUACUGAAUCAUCAGAGGACUCACACAGGAGAAAAACCCUUUGAAUGUCCUGUUUGUGGGAAAAGUUUCAGUCUGAAUUCUCACCUAGUGAAUCAUCAGAGGACUCACACAGGAGAGAAACCCUUUGAAUGUCCUGUUUGUGGGAAAAGUUUCAGUGAGAAUUCUAACCUGGCUAAACACCAGAGGACUCAUACAGGAGAGAAACCCUAUGAAUGUUCUGUUUGUGGGAAACGUUUCAGUCAGAAUUCUAACCUGGCGAGUCAUCAGAGGACUCACACAGGAGAGAAACCCUUUGAAUGUCCUGAUUAUUGUGGGAAACGUUUCAUUCGAUAUUCCCACCUCGUGAGACACCUGAGGACUCAUACAGGAGAGAAACCCUUUGAAUGUCCUGUUUGUGGGAAAAGUUUCAGUCAGAAUUCCUAUCUAGUGAAUCAUCAGCAGACUCAUACAGGAGAAAAACCUUUUGAAUGUCCUGUUUGUGGGAAAAGUUUCAGUAAGAAUUCUAACCUGGCAAAACACCAGAGGACUCACACAGGAGAGAAACCCUUUGAAUGUCCUCUUUGUGGGAAAAAAUUCAGUCAGACUUCUAACCUGGCAAAACACCAGAGAACUCACACAGGAGAGAAACCCUUUGAAUGUUCUCUUUGUGGGAAAAGUUUCAGUCAGACUUCUAACCUGGCUAAACAUCAGAGGACUCACACAGGAGAGAAACCCUUUGAAUGUCCUGAUUGUGGGAAAAGUUUCAGUCAGAAUUCUAACCUGGCUAAACACCAGAGGGCUCACACAGGAGAGAAACCCUUUGAAUGUCCUGUUUGUGGGAAAAGUUUCAGUCAGAAUUCCUAUCUAGUGAAUCAUCAGCAGACUCAUACAGGAGAAAAACCAUUUGAAUGUCCUCUUUGUGGGAAAAGUUUCAGACAAAAUUGUGACCUUGUGAAACACCAGAGGAUUCACACAGGAGAAAAACCCUUUGAAUGUCCUGUUUGCGGGAAAAGUUUCAGUCAGAAUUCUAACCUGGCUAAGCACCAGAGGACUCACACAGGAGAGAAACCCUUUCAAUGUCCUGUUUGUGGGAAAAGUUUCAGUCAGAAUUCUGACCUGGCAAAACACCAGAGGACUCACACAGGAGAGAAACCCUUUGAAUGUCCUGUUUGUGGGAAAAGUUUCAGUCAGAAUUCUAACCUGGCUAAACACCAGAGGACUCACACAGGAGAGAAAACCUUUGAAUGUCCUGUUUGCAGGAAAUGUUACAGUCAGAAUUCCUGCCUGGUGAAUCAUCAGAGGACUCACACAGGAGAGAAACCCUUUGAAUGUCCUGUUUGCAGGAAAGCUUUCAGUCAGAAUUCCUGCCUGGUAAAUCAUCAGAGGAUUCAUUCAGGAGAAAAACCCUUUGAAUGUCCUGUUUGCGGGAAAUGUUUCAGGAUGAAUUCUCACUUAGUGAAUCAUCAGAGGACUCACACAGGAGAGAAACCCUUUGAAUGUCCUGUUUGUGGGAAACAUUUCAGUCAGAAUUCAGGCCUGAUAAAUCAUCAGAGGACUCACACAGGAGAGAAACCUUUUGAAAGUCCUGAUUGUGGAAAACAUUUCAGUUACAAUUGA